ACUCUUUAAGGAGAGGAACGCAGCCUUUCCAAACAUCCCUCAACAGGUGCGCAGAUCUAUCCGAGGAAUAAAAGAGAUGGCCUCCGCGGCUCUGGAGAUUCUGGGUCUGACCCUGUGCGUCUUCGGCACGCUCUUGGAGAUGACCGCCUGCGGGCUGCCCACCUGGAAGGUGACCGCCUUCAUCGAGGCCAACAUAGUGGUGGCGCAGACCAUCUGGGACGGCCUGUGGAUGUCGUGCGCCGUGCAGAGCACCGGCCAGAUGCAGUGCAAGAUGCACGACUCCAUGCUCGCGCUCACCCACGACCUCCAGGCCGCGCGCGCGCUCACGGUCAUCUCGUCCGUCAUGUGCGUCGUGGGGCUGAUGGUGGUGAUCGCCGGCGCGCAGUGCACCAACUGCAUCAAGACGGAGAGCGUCAAGGCGCGCGUGGUGAACGUCGGAGGCGUCAUCUACAUCGUCAGCGCCGUCUUCGUGCUCGUGCCCCUGUGCUGGAUGGCCAACAACAUCAUCUCCGACUUCUACAACCCUCAGGUUCCGGCGGCGCAGAAGCGCGAGAUCGGCGCGGCGCUCUACAUCGGCUGGGCGGCCACCGCGCUGCUGCUGCUCGGGGGAAUCAUGCUCUGCUGCUCGUGUCCCUCCUCGGGGAGCUCGGGCUACUCGGCCAAAUACUCGCCCACCAAAAGAGCGGCAUCCAACGGGGACUACGACAAGAGGAACUACGUUUAGGCGCUGCUCGGAUUCACGGCGUGUUGAUGUUUCGAUUCUUUCUUUCUUUCUUUUUUUUUUUAAGCAUCUUGGACUACCGAUUGGAUCCGUUUUUUUUGUAUUUGACGCGAAACUUUUAAGGAUAGCUCCUGUGCGUUCCUGAAAGGUGGACGUUUUAUAGUAACUUUCAAAACUAGUAGCACACAUUACGCAAUGCUUAACAGAUCAUCACAAUCCUUUUUUUAUUUUACAAUGUUCAUAUUUUAAUGUGCAUUAACUACUGAUCUGUUAAACAUUAUAUCGUUUAUAUAUAUAUAUAUAUAUAUAUAUAUAUAUAUAUAUA